UGUGAGGGGGGAAAUCCCUGAGUUCGUCACUGGUCGGAGUGGAGGGGCGGGACUCUGUACCCGCGCUGGGGCCUCAGCUCCUUGCGGCCUGGUCACACUCAGGGGCAGUCUUUGCUCCACCUCCCCCUGUGUUUUCCGGGGGCCUGCGUAGGCCCCGCGCCUGUCCAUGGAAGGCGGAAACGGCUGCGGGGUCCGGCUCCUCGCGAAGGGGUCUAAUCCUCGCCGCCAUGUCCCGGGCCUUCGAGCUGCAGCCGCAGGACGGCGGCCCCCGGGUGGCCCUGGCGCCGGGGGAGACGGUGAUCGGCCGCGGGCCGCUGCUGAGAAUAACAGAUAAGAGAGUGUCCAGAAGACAUGCCAUUCUUGAAGUGGUGGGUGGUCAGCUUCGAAUCAAACCGAUACAUACAAAUCCAUGCUUUUAUCAGUCUUCUGAGAAGAGCCAGCUCUUACCAUUGAAGACAAAUCUAUGGCACUGGUUGACUCCUGGAGAUAGUUUUUCUUUAUUAGUUGACAAAUACAUUUUCCGUGUUUUGUCUACACAUUCUGAAACAGAAAUGGAAUGCACUUUAAGAAACAGUCAAAUACUUGAUGAAGAUGAUAUAUUGAAUGAAACACCAAAAUCUUCCUUGAUUGAUUUGCCUGAUGAGACACCUGGUGCCCCACAGCUGGAAAGAAGCACAGAAAUAGGAAAGACCCAGACCACUGCAAAUACUGUGUCUUUCCUAGAUGAAAGUAGAGACUUGAGUAAGCAACAGCCAAACCCUUCCCAGAGGAAAAGAACCCUUCCAGCGUGGAUGUUAACAGAAAAUCUAAGUGAUCAGAACCUUUCAGUACCAGUCAUCAGUGGAGAUAAUAAUGUAAUCCAGGAAAGUGGAAAAGAAGGAAUCUGCAAAGACAAAACCCAAGUAAGCAUCACACAGCAGGGAAGAAAGCGAUUAAUUUCAUCAGGAAGUACAGAAAGUAUAUCAGCAGAGCAAGACACAGGAAAAAAGUGCAAAAAUGCUGACCAGGAAGAGUCUAUCAUUUCAUCCAAGGAAAUGUCACAGUCAUUUUCUGCAAUCACAUUAGAUAACACAGAGGUAAAUAACCUGAAGACUAAUGCACAGAGAAAUGAAAUCCCAGUAGAGGAACUUGGUAAGGUUCCUGAACAUAAAAUCACCACUAAGGGAACAGCAAAUAAAGACAGCAAGGCGAGGAGUUGGUCUGAGAGUUGUUUGAGUGCCCAAGGCAAGUCCUUCCAUGACGAGCCUCAAAGAUCUCAUCCUGAGUCUGGCUCUGAUCCCUCCGAUCCUGAAACUUUGCAUGCAAAGGCAGCUGAUUCAGUGCCACAGGGUUCUGAAGAAAACAAGGUCAAGAGGACAUCCUGCAUGUAUGGGGCAAACUGCUACAGGAAGAAUCCUGUCCAUUUUCAACACUUCAGUCACCCUGGUGAUAGUGAUUAUGGAGGUGUACACAUCACAUGUCAAGGUGAGGCUGAUGACCGGCCCGAAUGUCCCUAUGGAGCAUCUUGUUAUAGGAAGAAUCCCCAGCACAAGGUAGAAUAUAGACAUAGUACAUUUCCAGUGAGAAACAUUUCAGAUGAAGAUGACAGUGUUGGGCAACCCAGUGAGUACAACCUGAAUGACAGCAUUAUAGAUGAUGAGGAAGAAGAAUAUGAGCCAACAGAUGAAGAUUCCGACUGGGAACCAGGAAAGGAAGACCUAGAAAAGGAAGAUAUGGAAGGGCUUUUGAAAGAAGCAAAAAAGUUUAUGAAAAGAAAAAAGUAACUCUUCUCUGCAGUAAUAUAUGGCUCAUAUUUACCAUUUCUUUGUGGAAAAAUAAUUCAGGAACUAAGGAAGCACUUAAGUGAUAAUUGUUUUCCUUCUUUUUAUAGUUAUGACUUUACUAUUGACUCUUUACAAGUGAAACACUAAAAUGUCAGCCUUCAGUGUAGUGGAUGGAAUUUGUUUUGUUGCUUUGCUUUUUCUAUCCUAUUUUAAGCAUCUGGAAAUAAGCAGACAGAGAGUUAAAAAGAAAUAAUUGAUAUUUUUCAUGUACUUUGUGUGUUUAUAAUAAAAGUAAAAGCCAUAGGUUGCACAAAA